UUUAAACCUAACCAUAAUCACACUGCUAACCCUGUGCCUAAUUAUAACCAUAACUUAAGACCAAAAAGUACAUUUUUGUUUUCAUUAAAUUUUACGAUAUACCCAUUUUGACUUUGUGCGUGUGGUAAUUAGUGACAACCACAAGUGUAUACAUCUGUACUCCACACGGCGAUGUCUCGGAAGAAAGAGAAAGAAGAUUAUUACCGUUUUUUCUCGGUGACAGAACCACGCACACACGAGAAGGGACACACGGAAUAUAAAGUCACCGCAAGGUUUGUCUCCAAGCGUCGUCCAGAGGACGUCAAAGAGGUGAUAGUAUGGAGGAGGUACAGUGAACUGAAGAAGCUAUAUGGAGAGCUGUCCUACACACACAGAAACCUGUUCAGGAGACAGGAGGAGUUCCCUUCGUUCCCUGGCGCUCAGAUCUUUGGUAGGUUUGAUGAAGGGGUGAUCGAGGAGAGGAGGAGUGCAGCUGAGGUCAUGCUACUAUUCACCACCAAUAUCCCUGCUCUCUACAACAGCCCUCAGCUUAAGGACUUCUUUAGGGGUGGUGAGGUGAUCAGGCCGUUAGACCCCUCUCCUCUCUCCUCCUCCACCCCCCUCCCUCCCCCCCUCAUCCCCCUGCCACAGCGUCGAGGCUCAGACUGUGAACCUGCGGCGGAGGAGGAGGGGACCGAGGCCCCUAUCCAACCCCAGAAGCUGGGGCUUUCACUGGGCACGGAUCUAGUCGAGCCUGAGGUUGCAGCUGAGGCCUACAGUGAGAUGGGGGGUUGUCUUACUCCAGUAACACCUACAGCUGAGGAGGAGGAGGAGGAGGAAGAGUUAACGGACCUUCCUGAUGUACCCGGCGAUCUGAAGCUAGACGACAGAGUUCUCACUCCGUUCCAGCCCUGCGUCCUCAGAACAGACCAAUCACAGUCUCAGGAGGAGUUUGAUUCGCUGUUCGAUUCCAUGAUGCGGGAGGAGCCUUCAGAGGAAGUACCGCCCCCUCCUCUCUCCGACAACGACCUCGCCAUCUUCGACCCCUGUGCUAAAGAAGACCAACCGAGCGCAUCACACGGCCAAUCAGAACUUCUGUCGCUGCCCUUGACCAAUCCGGACGGCGGGGAGGCGGGCUAUCUGAAGCAGGCAGCCAAUGAGCUCACAGCUGCGAUGGAAAGCGAGAAGGAGGGAGAGUACAGUACAGCCAUACAAAAAUACAAGACAGCUGUGGAUUUACUCAUCACUGGAGUUAAAGGAGAUCCAGACCCACAACGUAGAGGUUCAGUAAAGAGAAGAACUGCUCAGUAUCUGGAACAUGCAGAGACACUACUCACACGACUUACCUCCACACACACCUUGCAGGACCAGGAUGCUUAAACACACACACACACACUGCGGAGAAGUACUCGUAAACACACACAUGAACAGGACGCUGAAACACACACUCCUUAAUACACUCAGGAUCAAUAGAACAACUGGAGUUUUGAACAACCAAUAGCACCACUUACACACCUCUCUCCCUCCCUACCUCUCUCUUAAAACCACAGGAGGUUGGUGGUACCUUACUUGGGGAGGACGGGGCUCGUGGUAAUGGCUGGAGCAGAAUAAAUGGAAUGGUGUCAAAUACCGCAAGCGUUCUAUUUCCAGGUGUUUCAUUCCCUCUGUUCCAGACAUUAUUCAUGCGUCGUCCUCCCCUCAACAGCCUCCUGUUGCUUAAAACACACACACACAUGCACACACAAAGAAUCACAUCCCUGUUGCUUCUAGAAUCUGAAAUCAACUGUCAAAUAUUUGAAUCUGAUUCCCCUUAAUGAACAAGACAAUGGCUUGCGUUCCAAAAGGCACCCUAUUCCCUAUAUAGUGCAUGGCUUUUUACCAGGGCCAAUAGGUGAACACUAGGGUUCUAGGGCUCUGGUCUAAAGUAGUGGACUCUAUAGGGAAUAGGGUGCCAGCCCUGGUCUAAAGUAGUGCACUAAAUAGGGAAUAGGGCUCUGGUCUAUAUAAGGAAUAUGGUUCCUUUGUCCUCUUAAUUUAUCUCCCUAGAGUCUUUUACAAUGUUUUAAGGUUUUAAUAGUAUUGUGUGUUUUUGUACACUACACGCGCUUUACUUCAUUGUUUUCUUAAAUAAAUCAAUAAAAACCGA